CCCGCCCCGCCCGGCUCCACCCGGCCCCGCUCCGUUCCGCUCCGCUCCGCUCCUCCGCUCUCGCAGGGCCAUGGCCGAGUGGGCCCCCGCUCAGGACCUGGAGUGGGCCAUGGAGCCCCAGGAGCUGUCCCUCGAACAACCCUUGGCCGCCCCCGAGGAAGGGUCCGGCGGGGAGGCCGAGCUGCCCGCCGCCGAGAUCUCGGUGACGCUGGUGACGGAGGUGCAGGCCGUGGACAGGAAGGUGGAGGCGCAGGCGGCCCAGCUGAUGAACCUGGAGGGCAGGAUGAGGAUGGCCGAGAGCAAACUGAUCGGCUGCGAGAGGACGGCUGUGGAGUUCGGCAACCAGCUGGAGAGCAAAUGGACGGCCCUGGGCACCCUCAUCCAGGAGUACGGGCAGCUGCAGAAGAGGCUGGAGAACAUGGAGAACCUGCUGAAGAACAGGAACUUCUGGAUCCUGCGCCUGCCCCCCGGCGCCAAGGGGGAGGUCCCCAAGGUCCCCAUGGCGUUUAACGACACUUCAUUUAGCUUCUCGGAGGACGAGUGGAAGAACUUGAACGAGUGGCAGAAAGAGCUUUACAGGCAUAUCAUGAAGGGCAACUACGAGGCCGUGAUCUCGAUGGAUACUGCAAUUUCGAAACCUGACCUCCUGUCACGGAUUGAGCAAGGAGAGGAUCCCAAUGCUGAGGACCAGGAUGACUCUGAGGGAGGAGAAACCCCUACGGAUCCCAGCACCGAGUUUUUCUUCCCUGGUCCCGAUGACAACUCGUGGAGUAAAUACGAAGAUACCCUGGCUGAAAGUCACUACGGUUCUGAAGAAGAAGAAGAAGAGGAAGAAGAAGAGAGCAUGGAGGCUCCCAAUACAUAUGCGCAGCAGUGUGACGAGGAAAGCCCCGACAGCCUUGAGCUUCCUGCCUCGUUAGCGGGAAAGUGGGAUGAUGUUUUCUCAAACCCAGAGGAAGAGUUAAAGCCAAGCAGCAAGAAUCGGAGCGGGUCGGGCCCGCAGCAGAGAGGUGCAGCGGGCAAUGGGCUGAGGCGCUCCUCGCGCCGCGGGAGGGAACUGUCGAAGAAGGAAGCUCCUGAGGAAAUGGCCGCAGAGGAGGGGCCGUACAUCUGCUGCGAGUGCGGGCAGAGCUUCCUGGACAAGGAGCUCUUCGCAGCCCAUCAGAGAGCGCACAUGGACGAGGAAGCCUGCACUUCUCUGGAAGCCGGGGAAAGCUUCAGGCAGAAAUCCAAAUCCUCUGCGAAAGGCCAACGCUCCAGACCGUCCAAGCGCGCCAAUUCAGAGAAGGGCUCCGGUUUCAAGUACGGCUUUGUCAGGCCGAACAACAUGGUGGAAAGACCCUACACCUGCUCACAGUGCAAAGAGAGCUUCAGCCUGGAGGUGAGCCUCAUCUUGCACCAGAAGCUCCAUACGGGGAAGGGUGACGGGCCGCUGACCUGCACCUACUGCGGGAAGGACUUCCGGGACCUCUCCAAAGCCAUCCGCCAUCAGCGCAUCCACACGGGGGAGCGGCCGUACCAAUGCACCGAGUGUGGGAAGAGCUUCAUCCGCAGGGACCACCUGCUCAAGCACUGGCGUGUCCACACCGGGGAGACCCCGUACCAAUGUCCCGUCUGCGGGAAGCACUUCCGCUACAAAGAGUCGCUGAAUUGUCACCAGAAAAUCCACUCCCGCAACCCCCGGCCCAUGGAGGAGGCCUUGCAGCACAACCUGGAGUCGGCCACUCAAACGAGCCUCUUCUGUUUGAAAACAGAAACCAAGCAGUAUGUUCCCAUUCUGAAGCCUGUGUCGGGUAAGGGCCCGCCCGGGGGGGAGGCCGGCCCCGCGGCCCCGGGGCCGCACGUCGGGGCGGGCCGCGCCGUCGAGGCCGCGGCGGAGGGAGGCGGCCGGGCCGGGCCGGGCCGGGCCUCGGCGUCGGCGCUGCCGUCGGGGGCGGCGCCGGGAGGGCCGCGGCGGGGUCGGAGCGCCCUUCCCGGAGCCGGGCUCCCCCUCGGGGCCGCCCCCCCCCCUUCCCCGCACCCCGGUACCGGCGGUCGGGCCCCGCUCGGGGGGUGGGGGGGGCGGUGGGGCCGUCGGGGCCCCCCCCGCUGUCACCGCGCCCCGUUGCCGCCCGCCCUGCCCCCCCUCCCCCCCGCGGUCUCUCGGCCGUCUGCCCCCCGUGUCACCUCCCCGUCCCCAUGGCGACACGGCCGGCUGACAGCGGCGGACCCCCCCGGCCUUCAUCCCCGGGUGUCACCUCUUUGUCCCCAUGGCAACGGGGCUCGGCCGUCCCUUUCCGCCCCUCCUUGCCCCACCGUCACCUCCGUCCCCCUGCCCGUCCCGCGGGACUGCAGGCGGCUCGACGCGAGCGAUGGGCAGGGAGUCCCUUCCGCAAUGAGGGUUCCGGAGCUGGGGAUGCGGCCGCGCUGCCCCUCACCCUUCCAGCCGCGCGCCGGCCCCGAGCGCACCUCAGAGCGUGAGACACAGACUGCAGAGCUGUCCCUCACCGUGGUGACGGCCGUGCAGGCGGUGGAGAGGAAGGUGGACUCCCAUGCCACCCGUCUGCUGGACCUGGAGGGCCGCACCGGGGUGGCCGAGAAGAAGCUGAUGGAUUGUGAGAAAACGGCGACGGAGCUGGGGAACCAGCUGGAGAGCAAAUGCGCGGCCCUGGGCACCCUCAUCCAGGAGUACGGGCUGCUGCAGCGGCGCCUGGAGAACAUGGAGAACCUGCUGAAGAACAGGAACUUCUGGAUCCUGCGGCUGCCCCCCGGCAGGAAGGGAGAGGUCCCCAAGGUGCCGGUGACGUUCGACGACGUGUCCGUCUAUUUCAACGACAAGGAAUGGGAGAAGCUGGAGGAGUGGCAGAAGGAGCUGUACAAGAAUGUGAUGAAGGGGAACUACGAGUCGCUGAUCUCGUUGGACUAUGCAAUUUCCAAACCGGGUGUUUUGUCCCAGAUCGAGCAGGGAGAGGAGCCGCGGGUCAGGAAUGAGCAGGACUUGGAGGAGAGCGAGAUGAUGAGCGAUGCCACCGCAGCCGGGAUCAGAGUCGUGAUCAAAACAGAGGAGCUGCUUCCAGAGGACAGCCCUGAGAACCCAGAGCUGCACGGCAUGUCAGGGCAAUCGGAGGGCAGCUUCCAGAGCCCAGAUGAGGAGGCUGCCUGCGAGAGCCCCUAUGGCUCCGUGUCCCCCCCCCGAGAGCUGCCGGGCACCAGCCUGGGCGACCCCUCUGAGUACGUCGGGGACUACAACGAGAUCCAGAGAGUCAUCGUGCACCACGGGAGCUGCACAGAGGAUGGCAUCGUGAUCAAGACGGAGGAGGAGGAGGAGGACGACGUGGACGAGCCGUGCUCCAUGUUCUCGGGCCGCAGCGAUCCUCCGGCGUUCCCCAGCCACGAGGCCGGGCUGGGCUGCGAGGCGCAGUGCAGCUCCAAAGCGGCUCCCCGCAGCCUGGCGGCCGCCCGCGUGCACAAAACGCCGUCCUGCGAGAGGGACGCGGGCGAGAUGAAGCCGGCCAUGGCCCAGCAGCAGCGCAACCGCACCAGGGAGCGGCCCUACAUCUGCCCCGAGUGCGGGAAGAGCUUCAUGCUGAAGAUCAACUUCGUGAUCCACCAACGCAACCACCUCAAGGAGGGCCCCUAUGAGUGCCACGAGUGCGACCUCAGCUUCCGCAACAAGCAGCAGUUCCUGCUGCACCAGCGCAGCCACACGCGCCGCGGCGUCGGGGUCCCGCGGCGUCCCGAGCACGGCCUCAAAGCCCCGGCGCGGCCGCCGGCCCCGGGGAAGCCCUACAAGUGCUCGGAGUGCGAGAGCAGCUUCAGCCACAAGUCCAGCCUCAGCAAGCACCAGAUCACCCACGUCGGGGAGCGGCCCUUCACCUGCGGGGAGUGCCGGCGCAGCUUCCGCCUGCAGAUCAGCCUCAUCAUGCACCAGCGGAUCCACGCCGGCAAGAACGAGAUGGCCUUCCUGUGCCCACAGUGCGGGAAGAACUUCACGCGGCCCUCCCACCUGCUGCGGCACCAGCGGACUCACACCGGCGAGCGGCCCUUCCAGUGCAGCCAGUGCGAGAAGACCUUCAGCGAGAAGUCCAAGCUCACCAACCACUACCGCAUCCACACCCGCGAGCGCCCGCACGCCUGCGCCGUCUGCGGGAAGGGCUUCAUCCGCAAACACCACCUCCUGGAGCACCAGCGCAUCCACACGGGAGAGCGGCCCUACCACUGCACCGAGUGCGGCAAGAACUUCACGCAGAAGCACCACCUCCUGGAGCACCAGCGGGCGCACACCGGCGAGCGGCCCUACCCCUGCACCGAGUGCACCAAGUGCUUCCGCUACAAGCAGUCCCUCAAGUACCACCUGAGGACGCACGUGGGAGAGUGAGGGCAGCCCGCGUCCCUCCGUCCCUCCUCCGCCGUCUCUCCCUCUCCCCCCACCCCCGGCUCAGGGCAUGGACAUCACUCGGAAGCUUCGUGGUAGCGCCGCUGCUCUGCUGGAGGCGGCUCGGCUGAUGGGAAAUAAAUUAAUGAAUUAAAGCAAGCGCCGCGCGGCAGAAUUCAAAGAUUAUAUAUAUAUAAAAUUAACAGAAGCAGCUGAUUUAGGGAGAAUCCUCACCGUUAGAAAAAAACAAAAAAAAACAAAGGAGAGAAACCUGUACAGGGUGUUUUGCUGGAGUAGGACUCUUAACUGCUUUUUAAAUCUACUGUUUGGUUUUUUAAUAAAUGUGGAGGAACUUUUAAUUGGAUAUUUUU